CACUUGCCGAACACCGCUUCAGCCACGCCCAGCAUGGAUGUCCUCCAGGCCACCGACGAGUCCAAGGUCCUCAUUCUCAACACCGGAGGGACCAUCAACAUGAUUCUGGGCCAGCGCGGCUAUGUGCCCGAGCCAUACUUCCUCACCGAGUCACUCCGCACGCAGAAUCGCUUCCACGACCCGCUCGAAGACUCGCUGUUCUCUCAUUCGUCUUCGGUGGAAGGCUACCGAGAAUGGACAAGCAAUAGCGGAAGAGCAAGCCCUAUCUCGAAAUCAGGAGGAAGCAGCACCUCAGGUGCUACUCAGCCAAACCACCAGCAUCACCCAACGCUGCUCGUGCGAUCUACACGGCCCAUUGGGAUGUCGGUCACAACAAACCUCGCUGCCACCGCAGUCAACACGACUUAUCCCAGACCUCCGUUGGGUACAAAACUAGCCGACGAUCUGUACGAGGCGCAUCUACCUAGUCUCAUAACCCCACGAAGCACUGCACCCGGUGGUACACAAAAACGCGUCCGGUACGCUGUCCUUGAGUGGGAUCCGCUGUUAGAUAGCAGCAAUAUUGAGAUCACAGAUUGGAUCCGGAUUGCAACAGAGAUCGAACUGAACUAUGCUGGAUUCGACGCCUUCGUGAUCCUGCAUGGGACGGACACUAUGUCCUACACAUCAUCAGCUCUCAGCUUUUUGUUAGAAGACCUCGGGAAGACUGUGAUAGUCACAGGUGCUCAGAUCCCCCUGUCACAACUUCGCAAUGACGCGGUGGACAACCUGCUCGGAGCAUUAGUACUCGCCGGCCACUAUAUCAUCCCAGAAUGUUGUCUUUACUUCAAUCAUACGCUGUACCGCGGCAACAGAGUAUCAAAGUUCUCAUCUUAUGAUCUGAACGCUUUCGCAAGCCCCAACUUCCCUCCACUCGUCAAUGUGGGAAUUGACAUCAUCGUCAAUUGGCACGAUGUAAUGAGACAGACGGGUUUGCGACGCUUCAGAUCUCACAAACAGAUGAGCCCUCACGUCGCCACACUGCGCCUCUUUCCAGGAAUCACAGCGGCCACCGUCCGCGCCUUCCUGGCGCCCCCAACCCAGGGUGUCGUCCUCGAGACAUACGGCGCAGGCAACGCCCCACAGCGGUCCGACCUCAUCGGCGCGCUUAAGGAGGCCUGCGACCGCGGCGUCGUGAUCGUAUCGAUCUCGCAAUGCGCGAAGGGCUCCGUGUCCGACGCGUACGAGACCGGAAGGAGCCUCUUGUCCGCGGGCGUGGUGAGCGGCGGGGACAUGACACCUGAGUGUGCCCUCACGAAACUGGGCUACCUCUUGUCCAAGCCAGAACUCUCCCGCUCAGAGGUCCGCGCGCUGAUCGGCACGCCCCUCCGCGGCGAGCUUACCCGCCCCGUGAGCACCAUCCCGCCCGCGAUCAGCGAGCCCAAGGGCAUCGAGAGCAACCUCGAGAACAUCUCCGGCGUGCUCUCGCAGGUCGUCCGGCUGUCCUCCAGCCAGGCACGCGGGCGUAGGAUCGUCGUCUCGUCCGCGGAGGACACGGGCGCGGAGAGCAACCUCGAGGCCGCGGCACCCUGGUCCUGGACAGCGGCGGAGGCGGCGUCCACCGAAGGCGCGCUCUAUCCGUUCCUCAUCCACCUCGCCGCCGCCCGGAACGAUGUGGAGGCGAUCCAGUUCUGUUUGAAGGCAGAGGCGGGGCUGAACGCUGAUGACGCGACCAGCCCGGGCGCGGAGUUCCCCAGCCAGACGCGGCGGAGCAUCGCCAUCGGCGGCGGGCUUGUCAACUGCGUCGAGCCGGCGAGCGGGCGGUCGCCGUUGCAUUCUGCCGCAUUAAAUGGAAGCACAGACGCGGUGAACGCACUGCUGGAGGCGGGGGCGUUAGUUCAUCUGCGGGAUAGCCUUGGGCAUACGCCGCUAUACUAUGCAGCGAGGCAAGGGCACGAGCAAGUGGUAGAGAUGCUGGUAAAAGUCGGCGGACUCCUCAGCGGGUCUGACGUCGAGGGCGGGUUUGUGGGGCUCGCUAUGCAAAAAGCACGGCUGGCACCGGAUGACCGUGGCCUGAGGGUGUGGACCAAGGCGGGGGCAGAUCCUCAGCAUACGACCUAGUUAGAGUACAACAACACAGCAAGUGUCCCGAAUGAAGCAGCAGCAUUUACACAUCCACGUUU